AUGUCUAAAUUAUCAGUAAAUCCAAACUUGAAAACACAUUACAAUGAACAAGAGGACAAUAUGAUUGAAUUAUCUCCAGUAAAAUCAUUACGUCCUCAAAAAACUUCAACAAGCUCAUUUAAUAUAGAUAUAGAUGAUUUAAAUGAACUUCAAGAUCCAAAAUCCAUCAAGUUUUUCCAAAAAUUAUUCAAAAAUGAUUCUACAAAUUUUUAUCAAGCUUUAAAAUCAAGUCCAAAAACUGGGUUAGACUCUUCAUUACCAGACUUAGAUGAUAGAACUAAACAUUUUGGUAUAAAUCAAUUACCAGAAAAGAAACCAAAAUCCUUUUUCGAGUUGGCUUGGGAAGCUUUACACGAUAAAGUGUUGAUAUUGUUAUCUGUUGCCGCUGUGGUUUCAUUUGCAUUAGGUUUAUAUGAAACAUUUGGCCAACCUCCAGAAUAUGACCCUGAAGGUAAUGAAAUACCAAAAGUUGAAUGGGUUGAAGGUGUGGCAAUCAUAAUUGCAGUUUUGAUUGUGGUUCUAGUUGGUGCUGCUAAUGAUUACCAAAAGGAAUUACAAUUUGCCAAAUUGAAUAAUAAGAAGGAUAAUCGUGAAAUCACAAUUAUCCGUAGCGGUUAUGAACAAGUGAUUUCAAUUUUUGAUUUAUUAGUUGGUGAUAUUUUAACUUUACAAACUGGUGAUAUAAUGCCUGCAGAUGCUGUUUUGAUCCAAGGAAAUUGUGAAUGUGAUGAAAGUGCUUUAACUGGUGAAUCUCAUACUAUUCAUAAAUUGGCAAUUGAUCGUGCUCUGAAAAUCUAUGAUGAGAAAUUCCCAAAUCAUGAUGUUGAUAUUGGUACAAAAGGUGUUCCUGAUCCUUAUUUAAUUUCUGGGUCAAGAUUAUUAGAAGGUGUUGGUAAGGCAAUGGUUACUGCCGUGGGACCAAAUUCUAUUCAUGGUCGUACUAUGGAAUCAUUAAAAAUUGAACCUGAAGUUACUCCUUUACAAGCUCGCUUGAACAAUUUGGCUGAUGGUAUAACCAAAUAUGGUUUAUUAGCUGCUUUGAUUUUAUUUAUUGUUGUUUUUUGCAGAUUCUUGGCUGAUUUGCCUGAAGGGAAACCUUAUAAUGAUUUGACACCUGCUCAAAAAGGUUCAAAAUUCUUAGAUAUUGUCAUUACUGCAAUCACAAUUGUUGUUGUUGCUGUUCCUGAAGGUUUACCAUUAGCUGUAACGUUAGCUUUAGCAUUUGCCACAACCAGAAUGGCUAAAGAUGCAAAUCUUGUUAGAGUUUUAAGAGCUUGUGAAAUCAUGGGUAAUGCAACUGCUGUUUGUUCUGAUAAAACUGGUACUUUGACUGAGAAUAGAAUGAAGGUUGUGAAUGGUAAUGUUUCAGGAUUAGAAUUUGAUGAUAAUGCUCAUUCUACUAUUUCGAAAUCAAGUGAAUUGAAAUUAUCAAAAGAUUUAAAAUUGGCACUUUUAACCAAUAUUUCAUUAAAUUCAACAUCUUUUGAAAACAAAGAACAAGAUAGUAAUGAAAAUCCAUUCAUGAUUCCAAAGAAAAGACAUUGGUGGUCUAAAAAAACUAAAAAACCAUCAAUUUUACAAGAUAGUAUGAUUCAUGAACCUUACCUUGGAAGUAAAACUGAAACUGCAUUAUUAUCAUUAGCUGAUAGAUCAUUAGGGAUGAGAAAUGAAUCAAAUUUAACCAAUUUAAGAAAUGAUCCAACUUUAUUAGGUAUUGAAUCUAUUGUUCAAGUUAUACAAUUUGAAAGUUCAAGAAAAUGGGGUGGUAUUGUUGUUAAAUUCACAAAUUCCAACAAAUAUAGAUUUUAUGUUAAAGGUGCAGCUGAAUUAGUAUUUGGAAGAUGUGGGUUCAAAUAUGAUGAAAAUUCUUCAAUUGUUAAAAUUGAUAAAGAUUCUCAAGAUGAACUAUAUUCAAAGAUUAAUUCUUAUGCAGAAAUGGCACUUAGAACAAUUUCAUUAGCUCAUAAAGAUUUUGAAAUAGAAUCAUCAUGGCCUCCAAAAUUUUUACAAUCUGAAAAAGAUCCAUCAGAAGCUGAUCCUGAAUUAUUACUAGGUGAUGUUAUAGAAUUCCCAUUAUCCAAUUCAUCAUCAGUUCCAAAUAUUGUUAUAAAUAAUUCAGAUGAAGAUUUUGGUUUAGUUUUAGAUGGUAUUGUUGGUAUUAAAGAUCCACUACGUCCAGGUGUUAAAGAUGCAGUGGAACAAUGCCAAAGAGCUGGUGUUACAGUUCGUAUGGUUACAGGUGAUAAUAUAACUACAGCUAGAGCUAUUAGUUUGAGUUGUGGUAUUUUAACUGAAGAUUCAAUUAAUGAUAAGAUGGCUUGUAUGGAGGGCCCAAUUUUCAGAAAAUUAUCUAAAAAGGAAAGAUUUAAAAUUGUACCAAAUUUAAAAGUUUUAGCAAGAUCAUCACCUGAAGAUAAAAGAAUUUUAGUGGAAACUUUGAAAAAACAAGGUGAAGUUGUUGCAGUUACUGGUGAUGGUACAAAUGAUGCACCAGCUUUAAAAUUAGCAGAUGUUGGGUUUUCAAUGGGUAUUUCAGGUACUGAAGUGGCAAGAGAAGCUUCUGAUAUUAUUUUAAUGACUGAUGAUUUUGCAGCAAUUGUUAAUGCUAUUAAAUGGGGGAGAUGUGUUUCGAUUUCUAUUAAAAAAUUUAUUCAAUUUCAAUUAACUGUUAAUAUUACUGCUGUUGUGCUGACAUUUGUUUCUGCUGUUGCAUCAAGUGAAGGUAAAUCUGUUUUAACAGCUGUGCAAUUAUUAUGGGUUAAUUUAAUUAUGGAUACGUUAGCUGCAUUAGCAUUAGCUACAGAUAAACCAGAUGCUAAUAUAUUGGAUAGGAAACCUGAUGGACGUAAACAACCAUUAAUUGCAGUUUCCACAUGGAAGAUGAUUAUUGGACAAAGUUUAUUACAACUGAUUAUAACAUUAACUUUACAUUUUGCUGGUGCACAAAUUUUUUUCCCAAAUCAAGAUAUAACAACUCAUCAACAAACAGAAUUGGAUGCAUUAACUUUUAAUACAUUUGUUUGGUUACAAUUUUUCAAAUUAUGGGUUACAAGGAAAUUAGGUGAAGGUGAUGGAAUUUCUAAUGUUCGUGAUCGUAUAUCAAUGCAAAAUUUAAAUUUUUUCCAAGAUUUAUUUAGAAAUUGGUAUUUUUUAGCAAUUGCAGGAUUAAUUGGUGGUGUUCAAGUUAUGAUUAUGUUUGUUGGGGGUACUGCAUUUUCAGUUGUUAGACAAAGUGGAGCAAUGUGGGGCACUGCAAUUAUUUGUGGGAUGUUAUCAUUACCAUGGGGUGUUGUUAUUAGAAUUAUACCAGAUGAAUGGGUUAUUAAAAUUUUCCCAACUCGUGCAUUUAAAAAAUUUGAAUAUAUUGCAAGUUUUAAAUGGAUGAAAUUUUGGGGUGGUAAAAAAAACAAUAGAAAAAUUAAAUUACAUGAUGAUGAAGAAGAUGAUCCAUUAUUUUAUGCAAAUGUUCCAACAUUCCAAAAAAUUAAUAAAGAUAUCUUGUAUGUUAAAGAUCAUGAUGGUUCAAAUGAAUUAAACCCAAUAAACAUUUAUCAAAAAUGGAGAAGAUCAAGAUCAAAUUCAUCAAUUGAUAACACUUCAGAUGAUUCUACAAUGGUUGAUAGUUAUCAUACAAUAUCUGCAUUAACUAUGGUCCCUACAGUUGUUGGUGGUGCGGUUGCUGGAUGGUCACCAUUAGCUUCAGGUUCAAAGAAUAAUUCAAUGGAACAUCCAUGAUUGACAGUAUCCUAUUUUUUUGUUUUAUGAUAUGUAUUAUAUAUGAUUUUUGAUUUCGUACAGCUUGCAAUUUAUUUAAUUUUUAAGAAAUGAACAUUAUUUUGAAUAAACUUAUUGAUUCCUUUCUGUACAUAUUAUACACCCUUUUUAAUUUAAAACCUGUUUAAACAAUUCAUCAUCUUCAUAAUCAUCAAUUUUUUUACCAUUUAAAUAAUCUUGUUUUGAUUUUGAAAUUUUUUUAACAAAAUCAUU